CAUAAGGACGACUGCUGUCCUUGAACACGCAAACACUCAUCCUUCAGCAUGGAGCUAGACAAGGAGAGCUACUUUAUAGUAGUGAGGAGAAACAAGAAGGGUUUGUCUCGCGGCUCAAUUGGGCGCGCGGAUGCAGAGACAGAAGCAGGAGAUCUCGUAGGAAUGGUUUAUGGAGGAGGUGGCAGUGCCAAGAGCAGCGGCACGGUCAAGAAACAGGACACAUACCCACUCACACGCCACCAAGCUCAGCUGCUUCUGUUCGUUUCACCUGCCAGCAGGCGACUGGAGCUCCUGUGCAACGUCCAGCUCUUCAGUGCAAUCUGCGCUCUUUCUCAGGAAGAUCUUGUGGUGGUAAAACACAAGAAGGACUUUCAACCAUGCCUGGUCAAAAAUCUCAUUCAAAUCGGCAAGAAAGACAAACCAGGAGUCUUGCAGAUGCUGGGAUUUGAGCUGGACUUAGUGGACACUGAGCAUGAUAUUUUGUCAAAGACCAGCGUCCCGCUUCCCUUCUUCAGUGCAGCUGAUAUCGUCCAGGUGGCUCCGUCGCACUUAAACACCAGACAACCACUAAGAGACGGCAUUGAUUUAGGGUUGAAAAGGAAAGCGGUGUCUCGCAUCAAUUCCAUGCCAGCUCUCAACUCACUCAAUGCAAAAAAAGGAAGUAUCUUAUUAAACACAGACAUGUCCAACUCGAUUCAGGCCUGGUCCCAUUCUUCUCUGGAGGUGGGGUCUAUGGCAGAGGUCAUGUCUUUGAACGGACUGACUGUGUAUGGAGUGGUCAGAUGGAUCGGCGUUCCAGAAGGAAAGAAAAAUUGCUGGGCAGGACUUGAGCUAGACAAUGAGGCGAUGACUUGUUCGGAUGGGACAUUUGGUGCAAAGAGGUAUUUUACCUGUGAAGGCCACAAAGCCUUGUUUGUGCCGCUGACCAACUGCAAACCAGACAGCAGAUUUCAGUUCAUCCCGAACGAGAUCACGAAACCACUCGAACCUCCCUCAGUGACUCUCCUGGAAGACUUAAAUGAAGAUGUCCCCCCUGUUGCUGAGCGAGACGUUUUGUCCCAUCUGACUGGCAGAAUGAGGGGAAUCCAAGGUCACUUCAACUCCUGCUAUCUAGAUGCCACUCUCUUUAGUCUCUUCACGUCAUCCAUAGCUUUCAACAGAGUGUUCAGCAGAUCGGCUGAUAGCGAGAAAGGCAUUUCACAUAUUUUAAGACGGGACAUCGUGAACCGUUUACGCAGAACAGGCUUUGUUCCAGCGGAGAGUGUGAUGAAAUUUCGUAAACAACUGGGCUGCAAAUCUUUUGCUACAGAGGAGAAAGAUCCAGAGGAGUUCAUCACCUUAUUGCUAAAGAAUGUUUUGCAUAUGGAGCCAUUGCUCAAAAUCAGGUCAUGUGGAGACUUGGCACAGGGUGCCUUUACACAUCAGAUCAUUGUGGAGAAAAAUCAGGUUCAAGCUGUGCCUUCAGUUCAACAGCUGCUUGAGAUGUCCUUUCUGUCAAGCGAUCUGAAGUUUGAAGAGAUUCCAUCUUGCCUUAUAGUUCAGAUGCCACGGUUUGGAAAGAAAUUCAAGAUGUUCCCUAAAAUCAUUCCCUCAACAGAGCUGGACAUCACAGACAUCUUGCAUUGUUCACCCCGGGAAUGUUUUCUGUGUGGUCGCCUGGCUGAAUAUGAGUGUGUCCAGUGCCUGAUGGACCGCAAGCUCCAACCAGGCAAAAUGAAGCAGUAUUGCUCCACCUGCAACACACAGGUUCACAUUCACCCCUCUCGAAAGGGACACACUCCUCAAAAACUCACAGUUCCAGAUCACCUCCCAGAAGAUGCACCUUUACAGAGGCACCAGAUGCAACUGUUCGCAGUCCUCUGUAUAAACACCAGCCAUUAUGUAUCUUUUGUCAAAUAUGGGCCUAAUCCACGGUCCUGGAUCUUCUUUGACAGCAUGGCUGACCGAUGUGGUGACGAUAACAAUGGCUACAACGUUCCCGUGAUCAGGUCCUGUCCUGAGGUUGGAGACUUUCUUUCACAGUCUGAAGAGAAGAUGUCCACAGCAGAUGUGAAUCAGAGCAGCGAGAUGGUGCGCAGACUGCUGUGUGAUUCAUACAUGUGUCUUUAUCAGAGAACAGAGUGAGCAGAAAAAUUAGUGAAUUAUCUUUGGACUACUUAUAUCCCUUGUCUCAUUACAUCAGCGGAUCUGACACACCGAAUUACUGUGUGCUUAGACUUCAUGUUCUUUAGCAAACUGUUCUUCUGGGACUUCUAAUAUAAGUGUAUUUAUAUGCAAAAGGGCUCCUAGAUCAAGCCAUUUUUAUCAGGUAGAGAUAUAAAUUUAUGCACAAGCAACAAUGUAAUUUAUUUUGAUAGUUUAGCAGGUUCAGUGUGAUUUUAUAUUUUAUAGUGAUUCGUAUAUUUUAUUUGUAUUUGUUGUAGGAUGUAGUAUAAGUUGUAGAGUGCUUAUAUUGAUAUUAAAAAUUAUACCGUA